UCUCAGGCUGUGCUUCCGGGUGGUGGAGGGGGUCAUGUGACUGUAGUGUGAAGAGGUCAUGUGACUACAGUAUGGAGGGCUGGCUGUGUGUCUUGCUGCUCUUAGUUCACAAUGCAGCUGCAACCAAGAUGAAGAUUGUGGAAGAACCCAACAGCUUUGGGUUGAACAAUCCAUUUUUAUCACAUACAAACAAGCUACAACCAAGGACAUCUCCUUCACCACGUUCAGGCCCAUCACACCUUUUCAGAUUGGCUGGGAAGUGUUUCAAUUUUAUAGAAUCCACAUACAAAUAUGAGUUCUGCCCGUUUCACAAUGUAACCCAGCAUGAACAGACCUAUCGUUGGAACGCAUACAGCGGUAUUUUAGGGAUAUGGCAGGAAUGGGAAAUUGAGAACAAUACAUUUACUGGCAUGUGGAUGAGGGAAGGUGAUACUUGCGGAGCCAAAAAUCGUCAGACAAAGGUUUUGUUAGUUUGUGGAUCAAGCAACGAGUUGGCAUCCGUGUCUGAGCCAAGUACCUGUGUCUACUCCAUGACCUUUAAAACUCCUCUAGUUUGUCAUCCACAUUCAUUAUUAGUGUACCCGACUCUGAAUGCAGAGCUGCGCCGCCGGUGGGAUGAAGUUGAGCAGUCUUUGUACGACGAGCUGAUCACUGAACAGGGUUACAGGAAACGGCUCCGAGAAAUAUUUGAAGAAGCAAAUUACUUAAAGUCCACAGGAAGCAAAAGUGAAGAUAAAGAAAACCAGACAGAGCCCAAGUCAUUUGAGACCCUGGAGAAGUGUAGUGUGGCACACAAUGAACUGUUUGGGGAAGUUAAGCGUCUCAAGAGCAUUCUAGACAAAAAUGGGAUUUCUUAUCUUAAAAAUGAGUCAAAUAAGGCUAUUCAGCAUCCAGUUCCUUCAAGUCCAAAUGCUGCCAGAGAGGAAGAAAGAUUUCACCUUCGUGGCGAUACUGGUGCUAGAGAUGACCAAUAAUCUUUGCUGCCGUCUGUGGAUGUAAUUUCUGUUAUUACAAUUGCAUUAGUUGUGGAACCAUCUUUGUGACGAAGACAAAAUACCUCCUAUUUAUUGGAAUAUGAUACAAUGGUGAUACCAACUCCUUGAGCUGUAUAGCCAAAUGUUGAGCAUUUACCUGUUGUAUUUAUGUGUACAAGGGGCCAUCUUAUUUUCAAGGCUGUCAAAGAAGAUUUUUUUUGCAUAGCAGAUGCAGUGAGUGAUAUACAAAACCUGCAGCAGA